CUCUCUCUCAAAUCUGCAGAGUUCAGAGGAGCUGAAAUGAAGACAUAGACAUGCCGAGGAAAGGGAUGAGGACCGUCUUCUUCAAGCCAUUGCCCUCCGACUCUCCCGCUACCCCUACGCGCGGCGACCCUCUCGCCGACACUUUCAUGGCGGAGCGAAUCGCAAGCGCGGAGCCUUUGAUCAGAAAGUGGGCCGUCGACUCCUCCAACCCCGAGUCUCCGCCGUCCUCGUCCACCUCUGGACAUGCCAGUGCAGUUCAUCUCUUCCGCGAGGGCCGCCACGAAGCUGAGCUCUACCUCAGCAGCGUCAAGGACCUGCACGCCGGGAUGCUGCACUUCAUCGGGGAAUACUCGAACUCCGGCGCGAUGGUGAGGGCUCAUGAGCUGUUGCAGACCGCAGUCAGGUGGCUCUCCCAUGAGUUCCACCGGAUCCUGUCGUCGCAACUCCGGUAUCCCGACCACCCAGAAUCAGUCUCGAGCCAGUCUUCGCGAGCCUCUACCCGGUCGAGAUUCUCGGAUUUUGAAUAUGAGUCGGAAGACGAAUUACCGGCGAAGCAGUUUGCUGCUGAGCCAGUGAUGCAGGAAGACGAGCGAGUUCCUAAUGCCGCGGUUUCCGAUCUAAAGGCCAUCGCAGACUGCAUGUUCGCUUGUGGGUACGGCAAAGAGUGCAUCGACAUCUACAAAAUCUUGCGAAGAUCGGUCGUCGACGAGGAACUGUAUCAUCUAGGGUUCGAGAGGCGGAUUGGCCCUUCGCAGAUGCAGAAGAUGGAUUGGGAGGUUCUGGAAGGGAAGGUCAGGAGCUGGCUGAGCGCCGUGAAGCGUGCGGUCCAGACGCUCUUCUACGGUGAGAGGAUACUCUGCGACCAGGUGUUCGCUGUUGCUUCCGCCUCGGUCAGGGAGUCUGUCUUCUCCCACGUUGCGCAGGAUGCCGCGGUUGCUCUGUUUGGGUUCGCAGAGGGGGCCGCGAAGGCGAUCAAGAGGUCUCCUGAGAGAAUCUUCCUCCUGCUCGACCUCUACGAGGCCGUCGCGAAUCUCUGGCCGGACAUCAAGUCCACCUUCUCCUCCGCCGGAACUUCCGCUGUCAGAUCGCUUGCGAUCAAUUCACUGAUCAAGCUCCGCGAGGCUGUCCGCGUGACGCUCGGCAACUUUGAGGCAGCCAUCCGGAAGGACUCCUCCAAGCAGUCAGCAGUCCCCAGUGGCGGCAUCCACCCGCUGACGCGCAACGUCAUGAACUACCUCGCCUUGCUCGCCGACUAUGGCGGUGUCCUCACAGACAUACUCGCCGACCGGCCCACCGGUGGCAGCCCCAAGCACCCUGGGCUCCCAGACUCCUAUUUUGCCGGCUGCGACUCCGCCUCCUCCAUCACUGCCGGAGACAGCGAUGCGUCGGCGAUGUUCGAGCGGUUCGCGUGGCUCGUUCUUGUCCUGCUGUGCAAGCUUGACGGGAAGGCCGAGCGUUACAAGGACGUGGCUCUCUCGUACCUCUUCCUCGCCAACAACCUCCGGUACGUCAUCGACAAGGUGGCUCAGUCCAACUUGAGGCACCUCCUGGGUGAGCACUGGGUGGAGAAGCACGAGGCGAAGGUGAAGCUCUACGCGAGCAACUACGAGCGGACGGGAUGGAACAAGGUCUUCUCAUCGUUGGCCGAUCUCACCGUCGAGAUAUCCUUCGGCCAGGCGAAGGAAUCGUUGAGGAAGUUCAAGGCGGCGCUGGAGGAGGUUCGGGCCAAGCAGGCGGGUUGGGCCGUGCCCGACUCGACGCUGAGGGACGAGAUCGCGUUGUCGUUGGCGGAGAAGCUGGUGCCAGCUUACCGGCGGCUCUACGACAGCCGUCCGAGGGGAGAUUCGGCGGUUAAAUACUCCCCUGACGACUUGGAUAGUUACUUGGCUGGCAUGUUGCGUGCCACCGGCGGCGGCUCGGAGAGUUUGUCCACGGCGUCGUCGCGGUCAUCCAGUCAUUGGCCGUCCCCGUUUCGUCAGAUCAAAGGGCGUCGUUGAGAAAAGUCAACAGCCGGGCCGGGAAUGGGUGAUUUUUAUUAGGACAAAAGAAAAAAACUAGAAACUUCUGAGGAGAAUAAAAAUAAUUAGAUACAUUAUUUGAUUCUUUCUCUUUUUUGGUCCAUUGAAAAAGAAUAUUUCUUGGUAUUUUAAUGAAACAAAUAUACUACACAACAGUUAUAUGCUU